AUGCUUCGUGCGACAACACUGGGCCGACCCCUUUCAAAUGGCCGACGCCAAGCGAUAUGCAUGGCACUGCAGCUGCCGCGGCCUCUGGCUUCGAGAGUUCUCACGCGGAAAAAACAUCUGAACGCACUGAACACAGCCCUGUUCUUUCCCGGACAUGGUGUUCAACGAGUGGGUAUGGCGAGUCCGUGGAUGGACCACUUUCCUCACAAGACAACGCAGAUGCUUGAUGAGAUGGAUGCCAUUCUUGGCUUCAAGCUUUCCCACACCAUCUUGAAAGGACCCAACUCCGAGCUAAACCGAACGGAGAACGCGCAACCAGCUAUCAUGGCCGUGUCUGUUCUCAUACUGCGAAUUUUGGAAGAGGAAUUUGGGUUCGACACCAGGUCUCGCGUUGAUGUGACUCUCGGACAUAGUCUAGGCGAGUUUACCGCCUUGGUAGCCGCAGGCUACCUGCAAUAUGCUGAUGCGAUCAGACUGGUCCGUCAUCGAGCCGAGGUCAUGGCUCGAUGUACUCAACAAAUGGUAGAGCGCUGUGGCGAGAGCUUUGGGAUGGUCGCUCUCAUCUGUGAGCCUGACCGGAUCGAGGAUCUGUUGAGAACCGUUCAAGAAUUCCUGGGACUGGCGACGUCCCGUUUAGAAGACACCAGUCGCUCGAUUCCACCAAUAUCGCACGUCAUGGUGGCUAACAUUAAUUCACCAAAUCAGAUCGUCUUGAGUGGCAGUAUCCCCAAGAUCAAGGCUCUGCUGGUCCAGCUUCGUCAGUUCGGAGGCCACGACCCCCGUGCGGUACGGCUAAAUAGCGAGAGUCCAUUUCAUAGCCCCGUGAUGUCUCCGGCUACGGAGUACAUGAGAGACACCUUGGAAACGAUUCCCGUCACAUUUCCUGCUCUGAUGCCAUGCGUCUCCAAUGUCUCUGCGCAACCAUUCCAGUCCAAAGAAGACCUGGUCCAGCUGCUGUCCAGGCAGUGUACUGCUACAAUUCGCUGGUGGGAUAGUGUCCGCUACCUUCAUCAAGAGCGGGGCGUUCGACGUUGGAUUGGGAUCGGGCCUGGGAAAGUCGGCCGAAACCUGGUCGGCAAGGAGGUCGGGAGAGUGGAUGUGAAAGGUGGCGGAGUGUGGGCAGUCUGUAAUCCCCGGGAAAUCGAGGAGAUGAUGGAAGGGUUGCUGAAGACUGAAUCUGAAGCCGGCUCGGAAGAGUGA